AUGAACCUGAGGGCUCUGCCCAUCCCAUACAACGUGACUGGUUGGUGGGAGAAGGAGCUGGGCUCCUGGAUGCACGCGUCCACGGCUGACAGCCAGGGCAACUUCUCUGGUCAGUACCACACCGCCGUGUCGAGUGCCCAGAAACCCAUCGAGCCGUCCCACCUUGUCAGCUCCCAGCACUUGGAUGAGGAUGGGCAGUGCACCUUGGGCUUCACUGUCAACUGGAAGAAGUUUUCUGCCACCGCUCCCCCGGACUCCACAGCUGUCUUCAUGAGCCAGUGCUUUGCUGGGGACAGUGGGGAGGAGGUCCUGCAGACCUCCUGGUUGCUGCGGGAGAAGGUCACCUCCCUGCUCAGUGACUGGAAAGCCACCAGGUGA